AGAUGAUCCAACUGAGGUAGCGAAUUCCUGGACGGCGAAUGGAUAACUUGGGCGGACAUCACCCAUUGAACGAGAGGGAGAUAUUAACUCUAGUCGUCUCCCGGAAAUAAACGGGCAGACAUAGACAGUGCUUACUCCCAUGCGAGAUUGAACUUUCGUGUACGGUAUCGUUUGUGAUAACUACCUCCUGGAAAACAGUGUGUGUAUAUGGAUUUCGACAUGAAGCUUGUGUGUGUGGAGAUCAGCGUCCUGGUUUUCCUCUGCUUAUUAGAUAUCUCCCAGCUCAUGACCCUCGAGCCCAGCUUUGACUCCCCAAUGGCAAACGUGACCGUCAAAGAAAUGGCCACUGCCAUCUUGCCCUGCUCAGUCAAGUUCCUUGGGCGACAUGAGGUGGUGUGGACUGACCAGUGGUCAACUCUCCUCACGUAUGAAGACCGGCGCAUUAUCGACGACGAACGCCUAAGUGUAGAGCGUCCUUUCACAAAAGACUGGAAUCUUCACAUCCGAAAUGUCAAGUACAAGGACCAGGGACUCUACAACUGCCAGAUCAACACCAACCCAGUCAAGAUCAAAACAGUGAAUCUUAAAGUUCAAGUUCCGGCCAAAAUCCUGAACAAUCAGUCAAACGAAAUCCUCGUUGCCCGUGAGGGCGACACCAUCACCCUUAUGUGCAAUGUCAGCGGUAUCCCCAUGCCAACCGUCACGUGGUUCCGACUGACGACCAAUGAGAAGGGCGAGGAGAAAAAGAGUGAGUUCUGCCCAGGCACAAAUAAGGUCGGGAUCAGCGGCGAAGUUCUGAUCAUCCACAAUAUCAGCCGUCACUGCGGGGACACCUACGAGUGUAACGCCUUCAACGGCGUGCCGCCCCCGGUCAACAAACUCAUGAAAGUCAGCGUGGAAUUUCCUCCUGAGAUCGAGCUGCCCAACAAACGGAUGGGCCAAGAUAUCGGGAAGGAGACGAUCCUGGAGUGCAUCAUCACAGCCAACCCACAGGCCAUUGGCAUCUGGAGAAAGGACGGCACGGAGAUGAAGACUUUGAGUGGCAAGUUCCGCGUAGAGUUGUACCGUGAAGAGGAGUACUCAGUGACCCUAAGUCUGCGCAUCAUGUACAUUGAACAAGAGGACUAUGGUCACUACACCUGCGAGGCUUCCAACAAACUGGGCAUGGACAGUGGGAGCAUGGAGCUGUACGACUACUCAGACUACCGACGACCUCGCACCACCACCCCGCCCCCCACCCGUGCACCCCUCCCCCGCACCACCCCCUACCCACCCCGACACAACCCCUACCAGCAACCUCACAACACCUACGUGUUCACACCCCGACCCAAUCUGGAAAAAGGUGAUCGCGUGCGCUUCGAGCACAACAGACCCAAGUACAGGCCCAACCACAGACCCGCUGCCAUUGACCAGCAGCCUGAAGACGGCAGGAGUGUUUCUUCCAACACGGAAUCUGGUGCUAGCGCUCUUGACCCUGCCCAGUGGCUUCGUGUUCUGCUCCUUGCCACGGUACCUGUGGUGUUGUCGAGAAACGUCUUCAUUCCAGGCUACUGCCAUAUCCUACAUUGCAACGAUUUAUGAUGCUUGAAGCUUUUGAGAAAUUUCAAUUUUUGAAUGUUUGUAGAUUCUCAACUACAGUGUAUACCUUUCCUUGUACACAUAGUGGUCUACUAAACAAAACAAAACAAACAAAAAAAUGAUCGCUAUUUCCCCCCUUUGGACCCAUAAGCUUUUAGAAUGUGCUGAACAAAUUUAACGCUCAAGCUGAUACAUUCAAGGUUUGAGGUUUACACAUGGUUUUCAAGGGCAUAGUACAAAACCUGUUUUAUACUGAGGGAUGAUCCUAAAAGCAGUAGCGGCUGGCUAUUAUUCUGAUAAUAAAGCAAAAGUCACUUUGCGCCGCCUUCCGAAGAGGGUAAUUUUGUAUGAAUGCCUGGAUUGAUGAUCAAUAGAAAACGUUUGAAAAGUUUGAAUGUACAAUAGCGCUAUAGUACAUACAUGAAUGUGCUUCCCUGGAGCUUUAAAAAAUGAUAGAAAAGGCUUAAAAAUCCCCCGAACCCCCUUGUUCAGCUUCCCUCUUCAAAAUGUGCUAAGACUGUGGUCAACAGAGUGUACCGCUGAGAGAGGCGCUAACAGGAACGGAUCAGAUCUUCCAAGAAAAAAUCAUGCGCUGUAAUUCAGCCUGGGAUUCAGUUUUAGACAGAAACUUUCUAUCUUUUAAACUAACAAAAUAGCUCCUAAAAUGUUUACUAGUUCAUUUUUUCCCCUCUUUGCCUGAAUGAACAUCACGAACAUUGUCCUGAUCACUGCCAGCAUCAAAUCACGUGUAGCUGAAUUUGCUUCAUACAUUUACUUGUUAUAAAAUCGUGUUUUUUUUCAAUUCCUCGUCCUCAUCGGGUCAACGGCUUAUUGUGAUUGUGAUGAACCGGGACAAUAUUUUCUUGAUUUUCCAGAAAAUUGCAGCAUGAUAUUAUGUAGUCACAAAGAGAAAUAGAAAAUGACAUUGAUAGGGCUCACUCAAUAUAGUUUAUCGAAACGUACUUGACAUAUUCAAUUUUUGUUUAAAUCCUGGAAAGUUGUGGUAAGUGCAAGUUUGGGAGUAAAACAAAAGCCAAUAACAGUUGAAAUAAAUCCUGGGUAACGUUACACAAUUUUCUUUUAUUUUGGGGGGGUUACAUGACAAGAAAAACUGAACAUCGAGCAUGGAUAUGCAGAUAUGAGCUGUUGAAACAUCUCUCUAUUCUAUCACUUCGUCAGACUGAUAAUCAUGGCAACCUUUUCUCAGUGCUGGAAUAGCACAUAAUGGUACAGACAUACAGAGCACUCAUCGAACUGAAAGUAGAGAUGGUUCUGUGUUUUGUAAUGCAAUCUUUCUCGAUGUAUUUCCAGGUCCAGGUUUAGAAUCCAAUACAAGUAAUUUUCAGUGGGUUUCUUUUUUUCGCCUAUCAACCAUAAUCUCGUCGCCUCUUGAGUACUAGCUAUAAUAUGCGAACGAAUAGCCAGGUACACCGAAGCACUGGACGCCACGUUCUGGUGAGAUUCACAAUCAAUAGGCCAGUCUGAAGACUCGUCUGGCUAAAAGCUUGGCUGACAGG